GGGGAUUUUGUUACAUGUGAAAAAGAUAUAAAAGCAUCUAUGUAUUGGAGAAAGCUAUAUUGGUGACAUAUAUUGGAGAAAGCUGGGUCGGAGCACAGCUCGACGUCCCAACCUCCCUCCCUCUCUCUCUCUCUCUCUCGAAAUCCUUUGCUUUUGACGAAUCUCUGUGCAAUUCAAAGGCCGGACAUUAUGCCGUUCUGCUACGUCAGCUCCUACCAGGCCGCCGGCGACGCCGGAAUCAAGAUUUUCUACAGGACCUACGGCGGCGGACCCAACAAGGUCCUUAUGAUCAUUGGAUUGGCUGGGACGCAUGAUUCUUGGCUCCCGCAGAUCAAGGGGUUGACAGGCACCGUGGAGCCCAAUGACGAUCAAUUGGCGGGCUUUGAUCGUGAUGCGGCCGAGGUUGGCGGCGAUGGAAACGAUGCCGGUGAUGGCGUGGAGGUUUGUGCUUUUGAUAAUCGUGGAAUGGGUAGAAGCUCUGUUCCCACCAAAAAAUCAGAAUAUACCACAACAACUAUGGCGAAGGAUGCAAUAGCCUUGAUGGAUCAUUUGGGUUGGAGAAAAGCCCACGUUUUUGGCCAUUCCAUGGGAGCAAUGAUAGCUUGUAAAUUUGCAGCACUGGUGCCAGAUAGAGUUCUGUCUUUGGCUCUACUGAAUGUAACUGGUGGGGGUUAUCAAUGUUUUCCGAAGAUUGACCGUCAAACCUUAUCUAUUGCUAUCCGUUUCUUGAGGGCAAAGACUCCUGAACAAAGGGCAGCUGUAGAUUUGGACACCCACUACAGUAAGGAAUACCUUGAAGAGUAUGUUGGACCUAACAAAAGAAGAGCACUUCUGUAUCAAGAAUAUGUGAAAGGCAUAUCAGCAAGUGGGAUGCAGUCGAAUUAUGGAUUUGCUGGCCAAAUCAAUGCCUGCUGGAUGCAUAAAAUGUCAUUAAAAGAGAUUGAAUCAAUUCGCUCUGCUGGAUUUCUUAUUUCAGUCAUUCAUGGCAGGCAUGAUGUCAUUGCUCAACUAUACCAUGCAAAGAGACUUGCUGAGAAACUGCACCCCUUUGCCAGAAUGGUAGAGCUACAUGGAGGGCAUCUAGUGAGUCAUGAGAGGACUGAAGAGGUCAAUCAAGCUCUUCUUGAAUUGAUUGAGGCAUCAGAAGCAAAGAUAAGCCCACAUGACUGGGCAAACUUGCCCACACAAAGCUCUGGGUGGACAGUAACAAGGAUAUCAUUUGGCAGCACAAUGGUUGACACCUUAGAUAAGCUACACCUGCUUCUAUUAUACUUUUUUGGCCUCUUUGUGUUGGUUUUAGAGUAUCUACAAAGAGGUUUAAGAAGACUGAAACCGGUCAGAGUUGGACCGGCCCUCACAUGAACUACUACUACUGACAAAGCCACUUCUUCCACUGGGGAUAUUUUUAGUUUGUCACCUCAGAGAUGUGGCUCUUUGAUUGUUCAAGUGGUCCAAGUCCUAAUACAACCCAUCUCAUAUUUGUGAAACAAUAAAAUGCACGGGAAUGAUACUACCAGAAUCUGGAAAGGCCAAUUAUGUGAGGAUGCAAUUCAGCUUGAACAAAGGUAGAGAGCAGCCAAUGCUAAAGCUUAUUCUUCUUUCGCCAAAGUGCAAGGAGAGCAGGCAUUGAAUGGACAGACAAUUCUUUCCUUCUUACCCUUUGUUUGCAUGAGAAUGAGACCACUAAAGGGGUUUUUAUUCUUACCUUUUUUUUUUUUUUUCUUGUACUUCAAAUACAGGAGAACUUGGUGUACCUCGAGAUUUAUAAAAGUUAUUUCUUUCCCGACAAACUUUAUGCUAUUGAAGUAUAGAAAGCAAGGAGAAGCUUCAAUCCCACUUAACGAACCAUUCUGUUUAUGAUUAAAAUUUAUGUUACAAAAAUUUGACGAUUCUUGUGUUGAUGUUUUGCUAAAACAAUCCUCUUCUUUCAUCCUAAUCCGGGGACUGUUAGGACAAGGAAAAGAAAAGAAAGACGGUUUGUAUAUAGACUAGUGAAAAUUAACUAAAUCUCAACCCAGAUAAAAGAAGAAAAAUGAUCAGGGUUGGCUAUGCAUAUACCUCCAUGCAGAAAAAUGGAGAUUCAAGCACCUACUUAUUAGAUUGCUCGUGAACCCAGCUGAGAAGCCCGCCCUACGGAAUAUACCUUCUUCAAGGUCGGAAAGCAUAGGAGAUGGCUUGAUGACAUCUGUUGCCGACAGGUGUAACUUCAUCCAGUGACCUUAUUGAUUGGGAAUGGCAAUGGCUCGGAUAUAGAUUGGCAAUACUUUUUUCGUAUCCCAAUUUACUUCAUAAUACUCGUAUCUGUUAACGGACGCAUAAUUAUGGACUAAAAUAAAUACACUUUUUCUCGCACCAUACCUCCUUGUUAAUACUCGUUUGUGUACUCAGUACCAGUGAUCUUCGAAUAUCAGCUAGGUCAAGAAACAAAGAGGAUUUUGCCCAAAUUUCCAGAAAAAGAAAUCCCCCCUUAUCUUAAUUCCAGGAAAUCAUUUUCUUCCCGCUAUCAUUUCUGGAGAACGCAAAAGGGCUCUACUUCUACACGAUAGUCGAAGUUGCCAGAUAUUGGCAUGGCAAAGCCAAAGAGGUAGUUAGAUACCUUGCUUAACCGGAAAAAAGGAAGAAAAAAAAAGAAGGGAGAUAGCCAGACUCUGAAAUACUAGCAGAAAUUCAGAAGCUUUGCGACGAGCGAACACAGGGAAAGCCAAACGACUGGUUGCAUAACAGGAAAACAGAGGUAAUUUUACAAACAGUUGGAGAGCGAAACACACGCAUACGAAAGAACACCAUAAAUGAUCAUGGGAAUGACACAGUUGUUAAAGAGAGUGCCUACCAAACCAGAUUGUCAGCUUCGCCAAAAGCCCUGCAACAAUUUUGAACUUAGCGUGAAGAACAGAUCCUCCAAACGGGUGGGUUUCUCCAACAACUGUAUAUGAUGAAUAUGACUCCAAAUGCCAAAAAUCCAUGGUGGCGAGAAAGGAAGCACCAAAGGCAUAACAGAAGCAGAGAGGGCGAGCCGACAGGAGGAGAGGGAGAGAGAGAGAGAGGAAUAAAUAUAAUCGGGGGAGGCAGUGAUAAUAUGCCAGCGGAAUAUCCCAUCCCAUGCUGAUGCUUGCAAG